CUAGAAAAGCCUAGAAUAACCGCCUACCUGUCUUGACUUCAUUUACCGCUAAGAACAACCAGAAGAACCCAACAGAAUAGCUUUUCACUUUGCUCUGCUUUCUCAGCUCAUUUUCUCCACCUAUCGUCUUUCGAUCUUUCGUUUACAGAGACUCCUUCCAGAACCUGCAAAAAAGCUCUUCCUCAGUCACUUGGGGGAUCAAGACCUCUGAACGAAGUAAACAUGGCUGCUACCCAAAAGAUUGGUCAUGCGGUUUAUCGGGGUCCAAGUGUGGUGAAGGAGAUCAUCUAUGGGAUGACUCUUGGCCUUAUGGCGGGGGGAUUGUGGAAGAUGUACCACUGGAACGUCCAGAGGAGAACAAAGGAGUUCUAUGAUCUGCUUGAAAAAGGUGAUAUCAAUGUUGUGGUUGAGGAUGAGUAAGACUAUAUUUCUCUUUCUUGGUUUAGAACAUUACCUCUGUUUUAUCAUUCCAUCUAUGGCCAACAAAAUACAUAAGCAUAGAUGAACUGCCAUAAGGAGAUACUAAUUCAGUGGCAUGCAUAAUUGCCAUAUGUGUUCUGUUUUUGAAGCCAGAUUUUCAUGUUUUGUUUUGAAGCCAGAUUUUCAUGUUUUGUCACUCUUUUGGACCCAGUUUCUUUGCACCCAUGUUGAAUAGAGAAUCUUUUCAUCUA